UUCUUUCUCCUUGCACUUCUCUCUCUCUCUCACCACCUUCUUCUUGCUGCAAACCCUUGUGGAUGUGAUUCUCCACCACCUCUUAACCCCCAUCAACCUUUUGCCGAAAGAGAAGCGAGCUCCAAAGAAGCACUCCCCACCCAGCCAUGGUCUUUCCAUCUUUUCCUGUCUAUCUAGAUCCACCUUACUGGAACCAGCAACAAGCUCAUCAGCUGGGCGGCGGUUAUGGUGGCGGAGGAAGCGAGCUUCCCCAGCUUGCACCACCACCUGGCCUGGUGGGAGCACCGCGCGGGACGGUCAGCUCGAUCAGGCCAGGGUCGAUGGCCGCACGAGCUCGGCUGGCGAAGAUGGCGCAGCCGGAACAAGCGCUCAAGUGCCCGCGGUGCGACUCCACGAACACCAAGUUCUGCUACUUCAACAACUACUCCUUGUCGCAGCCCCGGCAUUUCUGUAAGACGUGCCGGCGUUACUGGACACGCGGGGGUGCCCUCCGCAACGUACCCGUCGGCGGUUGCUGCCGUAGGAAGAAGAGGACCAAGUGUGGCGAUAGCAGCAGCUCCUCGAAGUCCUCCGUUACUUCCGCCGGCCGCCAGAGUGGUGCAACGACAUCCAGUACCACCCUGCAGCCGCAGCCGCUACCUACCACCUCGUUGCACCCGCUUCCGGACUGCAGGGCUCCUAACGUAGGUUCGAGUUUCGCCGGGAUUCAAUCCUCUGAUGCAGUCGACUAUCAGAUGAGUGGUAAUGGUAGUGUCGGGCUGGAGAAUUCAAGGCUCCAUAAUCAAAUCCAGCAAUUCCCUCCAUUCAUGGGUGGAAUGGAGCCUCCUCCUCCUCGUCCUCCUCCACCACCGUCAGUGCCAUCAUUGGCACCAGUUCCAAGCUUAUACCCCUCCUUCAUUCAAGAAGACAGUGAGCUGGACGGCAGGUCAUUUGCGUCGCCACUUCAAAGCAAAGUACUCGGCUCCGGGCUUCUCAUGCAGCUGGCUUCGGUGAAGAUGGAUGAUAGCGCACAAGAGCUUACUCUUCCAAGACCGCUUUCGGGUGGCUUCAGGGAUGAACUCAUCUGGGGUGGCAGCAGUGGUGGAUGGGCAACAUGUUUCUCCAGCUUCAACUCUCCAUCUAAUGACAAUUUCAUGUAAUCCUUGAUGCUUACAGGUAACGAGUACUUCGGAAGAAUGACCUGCUUCACUGGAGGAAGAGCUUACUUUACUUAGCUACUCGAGAGAUUGACCUACUCGAUUGGAGGAGUAGAUAUGGAGGAAUCAGUUUCUCAAG